AUGAACUGCACCCCGCCUGCUCAGCUCAGAAGAUGCAACCUCGAGAACAUAACGUAUUCAGAUCCGGGCGUUGAUGAACACAGGACUCGUCUUGGUUGGUGCCAGGCCAAAGACGUUUACGGGGAAACAUGCGGCAAGCAUUUCAGCUGGACCCCCCCACACCCCCAGCUCUUCUGUGCCACUCAUUGCAGGGAUGUUGAUCACGAUGCACCAUGCUACUUCUUGAAACUACCUACCGAGUUGCGCCAGGAGAUCUUCAAGUACUUGAUGCCUACUCGCACGAUCGACUCAUGGACCGUCUAUCGAUCCACUAAAUGCAAUGGUUACCCCAGCACUGGCACGCCGGGUAGUUCGCUGUGCACAAUAUUUCCAACGCCGCUACUAUCUCUUUACCUUGGCUUCAACCGCGAAGUUUAUGAGGAAGUGAAAGACGUGUUCUAUGCCAAAGCAACAUUUAGCAUAGAUGUGAGUAGGAACGGCGUGAUGCUUUGUGGCCGCCGAAUACUCGGUCCUAGGGCACCAGAUGGCUCUAGCUAUCAGUAUGACACUCAACAAACAAAUGAUCGUUUCAUACAAAACUUCGCCUGGUCCUUAGUCAGGAACUACAGUGUCAACAUUGCGAUCGAAAAGGGGUAUGUCGCCCCUGGGGACCACCGGAUGAGCGGGUGGGAUGAAGAAGUGGAACUUUACGACGUCCGCGAUUUUGUCGUAGUAAUCGUGUAUGGGGUACUGGCCAAGGCCCACCGACUUGAUACUCUACAAGUGCGCCUCAGGCUCAACAAGUCUGACUGGGACCCCGAGUACAUAUUAUCCAGCACUAAGCUCCUCGUAGGCCCGUUUGAACGGCUGCGAUGUGUUCGAAAGCCUCGUUUUGCAGGCGUAUGCCAUGGCGACGGCUUGUUUGAACAGUACGGGCAGCGCCAUCGGGCGUGGAACGAUGUCAACAACCGUAGCGUCACGCCACCCCUGCCAGAACCGCUAACAGUACUCGGUCCAGGCAUGCCGGAGUUUGACUCGCUCGCUGUAGAUUGGGAACGCUGCCUCGCCAUGGAGGAACCCUCGAACAUCCUUCCCAGGUCACCCAUGACAAUUCUCUUCGUCGAGUUCAAGACACUCCACAACAAACUUGCCAAGAUCAUGCCACAUGUUAUCCGACACCGUCGCCAAUGCUUUCUGCAUCGCGCUCGAGUCGCUCGGGAACAUGAAGACAUUGUGAGUUUUCGGGCAGUAGUCGCAGAGUUAUUGGCUUGUUGGCGCCACCGUCUGCAGCUUCAAGAGCUCGAGAGGGCAGAGGUGAAUAUGGUUUUACAACGUAUGAUCAGUGCAGACACCUACCCUCAUAAGGAUCAAGGAGUCAUAAAGGUUGAUGAGGCUCAGAGUUCCGGCGUGAUCAUUGAUCUGAUCUGA